GUAUUGUUAAUACAUGUAAGACGUGCAACUUGCUCGACCUAGACUGAGGUCAGUACACAAACCCUUGUAUGUAAAGAAACACAUGCAGUGCACGGAAGGAGCUUCUGCUAAAAAAUUAACCAUUGUGCUGCUGUUUUCUCAUACGGGAUAGCUGCUGGUGGGAGCAGUUCUGCCCAUCCAUCAGAACUGUGUAUCACUUCUCUACUGAAAAUAGAACAAAAAAUGUCGGAUCUGCCUCUUGACUGACGACGAGGAAACCUUUUCUCUUCGCAAGUGAUUGAAAUUGGUUCACUCAGUCAAUAAUUAGGAGGUUGGGCAAAGCUCCCUGCCUGGCGAGAAACGAAAGACAUUUUUCCAAGAGCUUGGCCAAGCAGUGAAGACAUGCAGAAAGUGAAGGGCCAAGGGUCGAGAGCAACCAAUUUUUGUAUCCGUAUUCCCCCUGAGCUGUGUGGAGAAGGAAACGUCAACAUCUCGUUUCUACCUUCAAGAAACAUUCGAAGAUCAGCAGGUGUCUACCCUAUGCCUCAACCACUAGUCAAGAAGCAGCCGUGGACAUGCCAGAAGAAAUACUCUAAAGCACAAUCUUCUUUGGACGUCAAGAAACUCUCGUCCACAGGUCAGACGAAAGAGUCGCCGCCUUCCGGCUGCAAUCAGCCAGGUCUUCAUGGUAAUCCCAGGAGACUGAAAUACGCUCGGUGGAUGUCGUGGGAAGAAGGUGGUGGUGCAUCGGGGAUACGCAUGCAGUCAAGCGACAGCAUGGUGUCGUUGGGGUCCGAUGCUGUCCACGAUGACUUCGACAUGAUCGAAAUGGUGGCGAAGGCCAACGACAUCGAUGUGAAUGCAGGGAGAUUCCUGCCUGGUCUUGAAGUCCGACAGUGCACCCUCCGCAGCCGCCCGGACGACGCCUCAGGAGGAAGGCCUCCCAGGGAUCCCAGAUCUGAUAUCCUCCCAUCGCCUCGUGAACACUUCACAUGGGAUCAUCGCAUGCGAUCCGAUCAGGCAGAACCUCACAGGCACCCGGCGUGUCCGGCACGAGACCAGAGACGUACCCGGCACGCGGGGUCGGACGGGGCUGACGUUACCAUGCCACCUUGCAGACUGUCCAGGCCACCCUCUGAGAUGCUAUCCGUUGACUUUGUGAUGGCGUGGCUGCUGGACGGUUCGGUGCCAGCAAGAAAGAGCAAUGUUCUACCCGUCAUCCAGGAUGGGAAAAAAAGAGCACAAGAGCCCAAGUUAAAGGGUGGGCGGACCCGACAAGGUGCAGGCAGCUCAAACACGUGACCAGCUGUUUUCUCAGCCAACGAUUCUUCUAAACUCUUAGUGGACUCGUGAGGUGCAGUUUCCCCAACCCCCAUAUGUCUGUGUAAACGCCAUUGACCGAUUCUUCUUCUCAUUUCUUGGGGAAUAUCCCUUUUCUGCUCUCGAGAUAUACGCCUACAAGCAGCAGCAUGUGGCGGAAGAUGCUAAAAUCGUGACUUCACAUGUCUAAUUAACAAACAUUCCCAGUUCUCCCUUCAGUUUAGGCCUUCACAACCUAAAGGUAUCUUAGUUUUUGUUGGUGAUUGCCUGUCCCCUUCACCCCCAGUCUCUAUUUUAGCAGUUUUGCUUGGGAUGUGUAGGUUUUACGUUUUGACCAGUGGGAAGAGUUGACUAUAAAAUUGUCAGGAAUACUGAGGACUACUAUAUUAACCAUCUUUUUUUUCCUCUCCGUUUAUAUGAAUGUAUCAGCCUUUUUGUAAGAUGAGAAAGUUAAAGGCAAAAAACUGUUAUCUUUUGUUCUGUUCCCUUUUGAAAAUAAAUGAAUUAGAAUACCAUCUAUUGUUUUUAUAGUAUAACAAUAUCUGUGAAAUAUAAUGCGUACUCAAA